CCAGGAAUAGCCCUGGAUCUCUCUGGAGCUGCUUGUGCCUCUUCCUGGUCUGUGUCUGGUCUCUCACAUACUAUUGCAAUGGACUGCGGGCUGGGGGAGGGGGCAUCAUGCACAUAGAAAUCCCCUCCAGUUUUCACAGAGGUUACAAAACUAACAGAAAGUGAAACCGCGAAAACUUCUUUCUCGGUGUGGCGCGACGCUGCCGAGCUCACAGUGAGAUCGUCAAGCCUAUCCUUCCGUGCGCAGUCUACGGGUUCAAAGGGACAGUCUGGAAGAAGAAUGGGCCAAUCACAGGCAAAGAAGGAAAGCUACGUAAGGAAGCCGGAAGGAACGCCCGGCAGCAUGCAGUCCCGGUUCAGUGAAGUGUCUGUAUUUCUGUUGGAGGAGAUCCUGGUGCAAGUGCCAGCCACGGACCUUGUCCAUCGCUGCCGGCUGGUGAGCUCGCUGUGGCGUGACGUGGUGGACAGCGCCUCCCUGUGGAAGAGGAAGUGCAAGAGGGAGGGGCUACGACCAAGAGACCCCACCUUCUCACCGGUGGACUGGAGACUCUUCUACUUCCUGAGCCAAUGGAGGAGGAACCUGCUGAGCAACCCGCGAGCUGAGGAGGGUUUUAACAACUGGACAUUGUGCUCAAACGGAGGUGACAAGUGGAAAAUCGAAUCCAUUGAACCGGAGCAUGCCCUCCCUGAUGACACCGUCCAGAAGUACUUUGUCACAUCGUACUCUCCCUGCAUGAAGUCCCAGAUCGUUGAUCUGCGGAAGGAAGGCUACUCAGUCCGCAUGCUUGAUGAGAUCCGGCCCGACAUCGUCUGCAGCGACUGGUACGCUCCACGCUGGGACUGUGGCUCGAAGUACGAGGUCUGCAUCCAGCUGCUCUCUGCAAAACACAAAGUGAUCCAGCAAUUCGAACCCGAGCCUGUCAUCUUCCUGCAGUGGAACGACAUGGAGUGGAAGGAGAUGACACACGUGUUCAGUGGCUAUGGGCGUGGGGUACGGUUCGUGAAGUUCAGCCAUGGAGGCAGCGACACGCAGUUCUGGGCGGGCUGGUACGGGAUCCGAGUCACAAACAGCAGCGUGGUGGUGGAGGCUGAGCGCAGAGCGAGGCAGUGAGGCAUGGGACAGCCUCCCUGCAGAGGCACCUAGCCUGACAAACACAGCUUCUAGGUCCCCUAAUACAGGACCCCCCUUCCUUAAACUUGCCACAGCCAUCAUUCCAGCACAGUUUGAUAGGAAUGUUCCAGGAUCACGGGAAUCCUGAAUGCACAUAGACAGGGUAUAAAGGGUUAGUCAGUCAGCUGUACCUGGUCAUGAAGGGGUUACCAGCUUGCUGUCCAGUGAGAAUCUCUCGCUUUAGAUUUCGCUGACUCUCCAUUGGGUUACACCAUGAAUAUGAUGUGAGCGUGGACAGUGAAAGCAAGGCAAUGCACAGGCGGCAGCUCGCUGAAGCAGCGCUACAAACCCUGGUGAAGCACAGGGAGUGCCUGGAAUGAGCACAGGAAACUGUGAACGCUCCACAAACUUUUACUCUGAAUAAAGCAGCGACUAUCCCAGCAUUCCCUGGCUCAUUAACCACACACCCAGUCAGGAGCCUUUGGGGGGUUUUGUUUUUCUCGCUAUGGUCACCAUCCCAGAGAAGCUAUCUUUUUAAAGUAGUGUCAGGUACCAGGAAGUAACCUCACUCAGAUCACAUUGAAGACAGUAGAAAUGCUUGUCAUUGAAUGUAUUUUCUUGUAGUGUUUGUUUUAUCCGUCUGUCAUGAGUAUGUGUUAUGUAUAUACAAAUUUAAAUACAUAAUGCUGCAGUCCA